GCCGCCGCAUUGGCAUCGCACUACUAGUACAAGUAUGAUGCCCAGCCGUGAUCCACUUCUCUGCCGGCCUUUCGAGCGUUGCACCCGCCAUCGUGUUUUUGCUUUUCCGUUGCCUGUCUGUAUCCCAAGAAGGCGUCUACCAUCAGCAGGCCUCGUCUAGACCACGCCAAAAAACCCUCCUCGGAAGUCGACCCUGGCUGGUGGUUAGCAUCAUGUACGACCCAGCCAGAUUUCGUUGAACGUCUCAAAUAGCGUGUCAAUGCUCGCAUUCAUAUUCCGCCUUUUACGCCUCUCUUUCCAGUCUCCACCCGUCGAGUCCCCGCCCUCCGACGGCGCGUUCCGCCUGUUAAGUUGCCCCUCGGCUGUGUCUCGUAUUUCGACAUGCCCACCUGGCUUGUACACGGCUUCCGCUGGCCCCGUGCACAAGUCCGCAUACAUAUCAUUCUCCAAAACAUCGACGAUGCUGCUCCAGAAUGGCUCAUGGCCCCGGCCACAGUGGCCGCCAUGACCACCAACUUCAAGCACCAGUGGCCAGAAAUAAUGGCCAAGCUGCCCGCUCUGCAGUUCAUUGAACAGUACGACCCUGAGGACCUCUCUGUCAAGGACCAGCCAUAUGCUUACGUAUGCGACACUGUGCGUGAAAUCAAGCUUGGCAUAGAUGUCGACGAGAUUCAGACUAUGGGGCUAGGUGAUGACCAGGGCGCAGCUAUUGCUGAACUACGCGACAAGGUUGCGCCAGGCGAAAAGCUGGGCUGGUUCGUUGUAGUCAAUGGCGACGUCGAAAGACAUGCUCCACCGCUCGAAGAUGACGACCCAACACCAGAGGCCAGCCAGCUCAGCCCGCGAAGUCAGACAAGUAGCAUAGGCCAAGCCGACCUUCCCAAUGCAGCAGACCCGGAGCGGCCUUCCACAAGUCGAAGCUUGAAAAAAUGGAUUGGGGGAAAACUGAGAAAAACGAAAAGCGGACGGUCUCUAAGGGGCGAUGCAGCUGCAGCUGCAGCUACAGAGGAACCAGUUCCACCACUACCGCCCAUCUCUCCACUUCAUGCACUGCAGUCUAGCAACGGAAAGGCACCUGCAUCGCCAACAGCGACAUCUUGAGCGAGAAUGAGUGACAAGUAAAAUAGUAUAUCAAGAGUCUAUCUGAUGCCUGUCUCGCAGGUGUUUUGACCAAAUAAAAAAAAUAUAACACAACAUUGCAGUAUCUGCAAGCUU